GAGCCUGGGUGAUGCUUGGGUAUAAAUAAAAAGGAGCGCCAACAGCAGAGCAGACAGCUGGAAAACAAACUAAUCACUCCCUCUGCUGCAGGAUUUCAAAGUCCAAAGGAAGAACCAUGCAGGAUCCUGGAAUGAAGUAUUUGGCCAAUAAAAGAGUGUCAAUAACAGAAAAAUAUAUGGAUGCUGACCAAGAAGAAAAGGAGGAGAAAAUAAAUGAUUGUGUUCAGGAAAAGGCUGCAGCUUUUUCUUACCAUGAAACUCGGGUUUUAAGAACCAAGCUACACAUUGUCCAAGAAGAACUUGAUCUGCUUUCCACUGAAUAUCAUAAUAAGAAUGAUGAAUUUGCUAAGCUUUUUGCAACAAAUAAGAGGCUGGGCGACGAUCGAGCCAGACUGCAGAAGACCAUUGAUGUCCAGGAAGUACAGAUUAAGGAGCAGAAAGCUUCAAUUAAAGAUCUUGUCCAAAUAUGUCAUAAUCUCCAUCUGCAAGUGUAUGACUUAAACGAGCUGGUUAAAGGUUAUGAUGAGGAGGUGGAGAGGAUGAAUUCCCAACUGACUGCAGCCAAUCUGGCAAAGAAGAAGAAGGUCCUGAGCAGUGAAGAAAAUCUAACUAUAGAAAAUCUGUUGGCUGAGAACAAACUCCUUAAGAAGCAGAAAUACGACCUUAUUUCGGGUUUCAAGAAGCAAGCCAAGCUCAUCGACAUUCUGAAAAGACAUAUAAUGCACGUUGAGGCAGCAAAGCUGCUGUCCUUCACCGAGGAUGAGUUCAUCAAGGCCAUGCUGAAGACACAAUAAACAUGAUCCUCACUGUC